CAGCAGCUGAACCUUGUGUCAAAACACAGAGGGAAAUCAGCAGCAGACAGCGCAGGAUCUCACCUCGAUUUCAGCUUUAGCUCUAUUUUAUUGGAAAGUGUUUGUCGACACAAAGUGAUUUUCGUUUAAGUGCGCGUACCAUGACCGAACAAUCAGCAUUACUUCUUCGAAAACAACUGGCAGAGCUCAACAAGAACCCCGUGGAGGGCUUUUCAGCUGGUCUGAUAGAUGAUGAUGACAUAUAUAAAUGGGAAGUUGUGAUCAUUGGUCCACAAGAUACCCUUUUUGAAGGAGGGUUUUUCAAAGCAUACUUAACCUUUCCCUAUGAUUAUCCACUGCGGCCUCCAAAGAUGAAGUUCAUCACUGAAAUCUGGCACCCAAAUGUUGCAAAGAACGGGGAUGUUUGCAUCUCAAUUCUGCAUGAGCCAGGAGAGGAUAAAUUUGGUUAUGAAAAGCCUGAGGAGCGCUGGCUUCCCAUCCACACAGUAGAGACAAUCAUGAUUAGCGUUAUCUCCAUGCUGGCAGACCCCAACAGCGAUUCACCAGCUAAUGUGGAUGCGGCAAAAGAGUGGAGGGAGGACCCUAAUGGUGAAUUCAAGAGGAAGGUGGCUCGCUGUGUAAGAAAAAGUCAAGAGAUGGCUUUUGAUUAGGAGUCAAUUGUAAAUUCCAGGAUAAAGGAAAUGCCUUCAGAGGGAAAAUUUCAGCAAAAGGCUUUUGCACCCCUUGUUUUGCCAGUCAAAGGAAUUGGUUGUCUUCAACCAUGUUUCUGUGAACGGUUGUCAUUUUCCGCAAGAUGAGCCAAUUUGAGAACCCUACCAGCGAAAUUAACCUGUUUCCUACCUGGAAUUGUAUAUUUAAUUUUAUUUAUUUUGAGAAAUUAAUGAUGUAAGAUAUGUCACUACUGUAAAUUAACUUGCUUUUUUAUCUGCUGCUGAACAGUUUCUACUUUAUACCAGGUUUCUUAUGCAAUUUAGUGGUCAAGAUUGUGUAAAACAAAAUGAAAACCCGUCACCAUUAGGUCAUCACUUGUCCUCCCCACUGAAUACUUACCACCAGAUUAAUGUCGGCCCAACAAAUCUUUGUCAGUAGAUGUGAUUAUUUUCAACACUGUCAUUGAAUCACUGUUGCCUUUUGUUGGCUUCACUUCCUCACAGUAUGUGUGUUGAUUAGAGGGACAGGUUGAGGACUUUUAGGGUUUUUUUUUUUUCUUUUUUUCAUUUGGUCUUAAUUUUCUGAGAAACAGCCUUCUGUUAGCAUUUUCUUCUUAUACUAGUGUACAGCUGCAUGCAAACGUUGGGCACCCCUGGUCAAAAUGUAGUGUACUGUGAAUAGCUAAGCAAGUAAAAGAUGACCUGAUUUCCAAAAGGCAAAGCGUUAAAGAUGACACAUUUCUUCAAUAUUUUAAGCAAGAUGAUUUUUUCUUUCAAUCUUUUGCAGUUUCUAAAAAAACUAGAAAGGAAUAGGGCCUGAAGCAAAAGUUUGGGCAAGGUCAGUAUUUAUUAGCGUCCCCUUUGGCAAGUAUCACAGCUUCUAAAUACUCUUUGUAACCAGCUAAGAGUCUUUGAAUUCUUGUUUGGGGGAUUUUCACUCAUUCUUCCUGCAAAAGGUUUCUAGUUAAACUUAAACUUAACUUAGUUCUGUGAGAUUCUUGGGCCGUCUUGCAUGCACUGCUUUUAUGUGGUCUAUCCACAGAUUUUUAAUGAUGUUUAGGUCAGGGGACUGUGAGGGCCAUGGCAAAACCUUCAGCUUGCUCCUCCAUUGUGGAUUUUGAGGUGUGUGCAGGAUCACUGUCGUGUUGUAGAAGCCAUCCUCUCUUCAUCUUCAGCUUUUUUACAGAUGCUGUGAUGUUUGCUUCCAGAAUUUACUGGAAUUUAAUUGAAUCCAUUCUUCCCUCUACCUGUGAAAUGUUCCCCCGUGCCACUGGCUGCAACACAAGCCCAAAGCAUGAUCGAUCCACCCCUGUGUUUAACAUAAUCAGUACAACAGUGUACCACCACUCCAGUCUAAUAAAUCUUCCUGUAGGUCUUUUGCAGUCAAACAGGGGCUUUGAUUAGCCUUUCUAUCAAUCCUAUGAGCAGCUCUCUCAGAAAGUUUUCUUGGGCUUCCAGACCUCAACUUGACCUCCACAGUUCCUGUUAACUGCCAUUUCUUAAUUACAUUACAAUCUGAGGAUACAGCUACAGCUAUCUUCUUAUAGCCUUCUCCUGCUUUGUGGGCAGCUGUUUAGAAGAGCCCAUAGCUGAUGAUUGUUGGGACAAGGUUUCAGGAGUCAAAGUAUUUAUAAAGCUUUGAUAUUUUCAUGACUUGGCCUUUCAUAAAAAUGACUGUGAACAAGCCAGAGUCCUAACAAGCUAAUUCUGGUCUGAGACCCUGUUAAAGGUUGUCUGAGAGCUCAAGUAUUUUGGGGUGCCCAAACGUUUGAUUUGUGUGCCUUUUUCUUUUUUUUUUUUCAUUCUGAAUUUGUAUAAAACCAAAAAAAACCAAACUAUAAUCUUGCUUGAAAUGUUGAAAAGCAUGUUUCAUCUUAAACUUCAUGCUUUUUGGAGAUCAGUUCAUCUUCUACUCACUUACCUAGUCACAGUAAACAAAAUUUUGACCAUGGGGGGGCCAAACUUUUGCAUGUUACUGUAAAUCUAGGGGAUAUAAAACCAUGACUCUCAAACCUGCAUGAUCCCCCUCAAACAGCUCAUGUAUUGUUGCUGUCUGUAGAUGUACAUGGAAUGGCGUACUCAGUGAUUUGAGAGUUAUUGUUUUAUAAUAUAUUGAUUUGGACAAGUGUAGCGAAUGGUAACAGAAGGUUUGUGCCAACUUCUCAGGAACAAAGGGUCUCGAUUAGUAAUCAGUGUGGUAAACCUCAAAUAUUCCUGAGCCUCUUCUUUAACACAUGGUCAAUGAAGAUAUCUAUUAUUAUCACUUAGUCUAAUGUCUUUUCACAACAUUAUUAUAAAUCAUGGACAACCAAAUACGGUCUGUGAAAACAGCCAAAGCUGUGAUUAGUCCAUGUGUACUGGUUAACUUGCAACUGAGUUUACCUCAGUUUAAAGGUUAACACAUUUGAAAAGGAUUAUGGUUGUUUGAGUUCUUAAUAUAUUAACAUGGGGAAAUUUUAGGGGCUCCAUAGUAGGAUUAGGCUAGUCGUUAUUUUGUUUUGGCACAUUAGUCUUUUGAUCAAUGUGUGGCUAAAGGAUGAUGUGUAAAUUACACUCACUUGUGGGUUUAGAUCCUGAGGGCUUUGGGUAGAUUAUUGAGUUCUGAUUGGUGCAUACUUAGGUAAUAUUCAUCACAUUUACAUAAUCACUGAUUUUGGGUUGUAAUUCUUGAUAGAGACUUGAAGUUAACUCACCACUUACUAGAGUCUGAUUAAGUGUUCUGAUGGGAAAUGAACACAAUCCCGCAUCUAGGUUUUAUUUUGAAAGGAUAUACACAGUCGUGUUUGGGUGGAGUCUGGAAACCACUGGCUUUUGUUCACUUUCAUUGAUGGUGUUGCUGACCAUUAAGCCAUGAGGACAUCUAUUCUGAAUUAUGUUAUACAUGACUGAUCUGUGACUGACAUUGAAAAACCAUCUUUUGGCGCAUGCAAUCAGGUUUGAAGGAGUUGGGUACGUUUAAAUAUGAUACCAUUGUUAGUACAUUCUGGGUGAAUGUGAUGUGUACAGUUAGUAGAUUUCUGUCAACUUUAUGAUCACAUAACUGCUGUUGACAUUACCUUUUUAAGUCAGAAUUUUCUAACCUACCAUGACCUCCUCUGACCGGUGUUCACUGUAUUUGCACAGAUUCAGUGCGUUUGAAAUGUCAUUAAGCAAUACGCUCUGAAAAUGGUGUGUCCAGGUAAUCCACCCUAACGCCAUUAUUUGUUUUUUUUUGUUGUUUUUUUCUCAUUUUGUGUCAAUGCAAUGUAUAUUGGACAUUAUGCUCAAUAAAGUGUGUAAACAGA